AAUAUUUUUCACGCGUUCCAAUGGAGGGAGUCUCAGAAGCGGUCGGUGUAGCCGGAAGAGUUGCGACCGGCAGCCCGGGGCCCGGUCGGGGCGAGUCUCCGGAUUCACUGGAUCCCGUGAGGGAAGCCACGGGAGAAUCGGACUUGGCGCAGUCCCUGGAGCGGUAUCACCGAGGCUUACGCGAUCGUGCUAAUAAAAGCCUUGAUCAAUUGAAAUAUGUAUUCCAUGAAAAAGAUCCGGCCAUAGGCGAAAGUACAGCUACAUUGGACCAGUUAUUUCCUAAUUUGGGCCAUGAAGUAAGCAAAGAUAAAGCUUGGCAGGAGCUACAAUACAGCCAUGCAGUUAAUCAGCUUAAAGCAUUAUUACGUCAACAAGAAGAAAAGGGGAAUGAAAUAUCACCUUCAAAGAAGCAAGGAAUGUUACCCACAAGAACAGCCAAAGCUACUGAUCAGAGUUUGCCUGCCCUUUCUGAACUUGUUCCCAUCAUUAAUGAUCAGUCUCAAUAUAUUAAUCAUUUAGAGGCUGAAGUCAAGUUUUGCAAGGAAGAAAUCUCUGAAUUGAAAGCACAUAUACAUGUUGUUGUAGUUGAAAAUGAGAAGCUACAAAAUGAUCUGAAAAUGGAAACAGAGCGGACUUUGAGAGAGCAAACUGUCUUCAAUGCUUCAACUCUUUUCUCAAAAUCUGGUGGUAUAAAUGGUGAUCAUUCUCAUAUUUGUGGAGCUGCUAAAGCAUCUUGUCAUGUCAUUGAGCAAGCCAAGGCACCUCCACUGGAGUUGGAAAAGUGGCAACAGGAAUUGGAGAAACUAAAAUAUCUUCAUGAAGAAAAGACUGAAGUGUUUGAAGCUCAGAUACAAUCUUUACGAAAAGCGUUAUCAGAGUCACAAAAAAACUGUGAAGAGCUGAGCGGAAGAUUAAAACAUCAGCAUUUGAUCAAUGCAGCAAAUAGUUCUAAUAGGCCUGGUGGCCUUUGCUUAAAUUGUGCACAGCAUGAAGCGGUUCUUUCCCAGACUCAUUCAAAUGUCCAUAUGCAAACCAUUGAAAGGCUAACAAAAGAGAGAGAUGAGUUAAUGGCAGCACUUUCUACAAUAAGAAUAAACUUAAAUGAAAUGCAACAGAGGGAAUGCAGCGCUUAUGAACAAGUAAAACAAGCAGUACACAUGACUGAAGAAGCUAAUUUGGAAAAAACCAAGGCUUUAGUUCAAUGUGAACAGCUUAAAAAUGAAAUGGAGAGACAGAAAGAUCGUCUUGAAAAAGAAUUAGCACUUCAGCUAGAUAAGAGAGCUGGAGAGCGAGAAGCAGUUCGUGAAGAAAUGAAGAAAGAAAAAGAAAACCUGUCAUCACUGGUAAUGUCUUUAUCUCAAAAUGUUGCUGGUCUGGAGUCUCAGAUUGACAGGAUUACAAGGGAAAAGAUCUCCCUAACUAAUCAGCUGGAAGAAGCUCAAAGCCACCAUGCUUCUCGUGAAAUGGAGAUCAAUAAGGUGUGUGGAGAAAUACGUUACGAAUUGAAUCAGACCAAAAUGAAGAAGGAUGAAGCUGAAAAGGAGCACAGGGAGUAUAGGACAAAAACAAUAAGGGAACUUGAAAUUAAAGAUCAGCAAAUUGAUAAAUUACAAGUAUUGCUUCACGAAAACAAACAGCGCUUAGAACAAGCACAGCAGGAUACUGCAAAAGCUAAGGAAGAAUGUCUGAAACUAACAGAAUUGCUGGGCAAAGCUGAGCAACAACUGCAUUUUCUCAGAUUAGAAAAAGACAACAUUCAGCAUAGCUUUAGUAAUGAGGCAAAGACUCGAGUCCUUCAGGCUCAGCAGAGAGAGCAGGAUCUGACACAGAAGAUGCGGCAAAUGGAGGCCCAGCAUGAUAAAACUGUAAACGAACUGGAAUCGUUACUGAGUUCCCAGAAUGCUCUUCUAUCAAAAUUAAAAGAAGAAUGUUGUCAAUUAGCAAAGAAGCUUGAACAUGUCACUGAAAGAAAUAGGUCGGAAAUCAGCCAGCUUAGUCAGGAAAAUGAGUAUAUCCAUGACAGACUUGAAAAGGUGCAGAAAAGGCAUGAUGAAUUGGAGGAUCAGUGUAUCCAGCAUGGAAGGAUGCAUGAGAAAAUGAAGCUAAGAUUACACCAACUUGACAAGCAUUGCCAGUCUUCUGCCCAGCAGCUUGUGGAGUUACUCAACAAACAGAAUGAGUUAUACAAGGAGCGGCAGAUGCUUACAGAAGAGGUGGAUUUUCUGCAGACUCAGUUAUCCUCUGCCCCACAGCUAUAGUUGAACGCGCUUCGGGAAAGACAUCAGAGAAGAAAAAUGCCAAUCACCUUUUUUUCAGCAUAAAGACCUGAUGUGCUUAGGUCGUUAAACAGUUGUCAGUAUGUCUUCCCUUGCUGGGAAAGUCAUCCCAUCUGUCUUGGAUUGUCAAAUAUUUAGACCCAAUAUCUUUAGAUACUCAAUAACUUGUUUGUCCUCUCUCAAGAAGACCUUUCUGGUUGAAUUUCUGAGGAAUUAUUUAUACUUUUAGCUGACUGACACCUGGGCAGUUUUCUUUGGAUGGAACUUGAAAUAUGCAGAGAAGUUAUACUGGAUCAAAACCAGCUUUAAAUGCAGUAUUAUUCCUCCUCUCCUCCCCAGCGCUCCUCAUUUUUACAUCCUUUUUUACCCUGACAAGAGAGGUACACACAUUACCUCUGAAUUAAGAUAUAGUAUUAUUGCCCCAUGGAAUGAGAAACAGUUCCCUCAAUAAGGUUGAAAUCUGUUCUGUCUUUGCAAGAUGAUGAGAAGUUUCUUUUCCUACAGCUCUGGAGCUUAGUAUUGUACAGUCUGAAGUAUUUAUCAAUGAUUUGUUUUUAUGUCUAAAAGAUCAUAAAUGCAUCUCCCCGAUUGGACUGUAGAGUUGUUUGCACUAAACUUGAUGCAAGACUUCAGUGAACAAUCUUAGAUAUUAGUUUAAAACAACAACAGCAGGUCAGAUAAAU